AUGGAGUCGGGUGAUAAUGGCUACUUGUUUAUACCGAGAAGUAGAGCUGUCAAUGGUACUUUGAGUCAUCCUGUUGCAAAUUUAGGUUCUUUAGUUGAUAUCAGAUUGGAGGGUAAUCAUAUCAAUGGCGUAGUGCCUAGUAAUUGGACCAGUUUGAUGAAUAUGAAAUUGUUUGAUCUGAGUAGAGCAUUUUUAACAAAAUUUAAAACACAAACUACCAUUCCUGGUCUUCAUGUUCUGAUAUCUACACCAUUUCACCCUGCCUAUGUUACUGCUGAAAGAAUUAAGAAAGCUAAGAAUUUAGAGCUACGUUUGACUGCCGGAAUUGGUUCUGAUCACAUUGAUCUCAAUGCUGCGGCUGCUGCUGGUUUAACCGUCGCAGAGGUCACAGGAAGCAACACAGUAUCUGUUGCUGAGGAUGAGCUCAUGAGAAUUCUCAUUCUGGUGAGGAAUUUUGUGCCUGGUUACCAUCAGUCUAUUACAGGAGAAUGGGAUGUUGCUGGCAUUGCACAUAGAGCCUAUGAUCUUGAAGGAAAGACGAUAGGAACGGUGGGUGCUGGACGAAUCGGGAAGCUUUUACUCUAA